UGCACUUUGUAGCUUUUGCCCACAUACGAAUCUGUUGUCCUUACACUUGCUUCUUUCGGUUUGCGAGUUUACAGCGGCCAACUUUGCUGAGAUCCUCGCACUGAGCUGUUCUAUAGUAUAGGAUUUAGGGUUUGAGUCUACCGUGUCGCUUACUGCGCCAUAGCCCUUUAUCGCCUCUGUAAACUUGCACGCGUCGUCAAGGAUGAGUCGGGACGACAUGAAGCAGCUACCGAUAUACGUUGUGGAUGCGUUCUCUAGCCGUCCAUUUAGUGGCAACCCUGCUGCUGUAUGCAUGCUUGCGACGGGCGUACAGCUGACGGACGACAUGCGACAGAGGAUUGCCGCAGAGAUGAAUCACUCGGAGACAGCCUUCGUUGAGCCGGUGUGUCCUUCACUCCAGAGUUUCGCUUAUCUGUUACAAACCAUUUCUGCAAUAGAAGUACGCCAUCGUGCAGCAGCCCCUUCAUCACACUUCGUCAUUGCAACAUCUACACAUCGGCCCUGCCCAAAUGUCCAUCAUAUAGCGCUGGUGCCGAUUCACCAAGCAUUAACGCCAUCCCGUUGGUCAAUUACGUUGGCGUCCAUGAUCCUGAGCCCUGUCUGGUUCUUCCUCUUCACCCUUCUCCUCUCCUCUUCCUCAGCUGGAGGCAUCUGAGGGCUCCUCCUCCGACUCCCAAGAGCCCUCCCACGGGUCUGCGGCGGCGGUCUUCUCCACUGCCGCCGCCUUCCGUCUGCGGUGGUUCACUCCCAGCUGCGAGGUGCCCUGCUGUGGACAUGCCACCCUGGCGGCCGCUGCCGUACUGCUGCAAGCGUACGGCAAUACCCAGCCCGCCAUCACCUUCCACACCCUCAGCGGCGAGCUAUGUGUCAGCCGCUCGGUCUCCACCACCGCAACCGCCUCUUCCACCGCCUCCUCCGCUCCCCUCGCGCUGUCACUAGACCUGCCGCUGUACGACCCAGUCGAUGCCGUACCAGCCUGCGCCGCCGACCCAGCGGGUCGGUUGCUGACCGCCUGCGUGGGCGACUUGCCAGUCGAGGAGGUACGGUACUGCGGACGCGGCGGCCUGAAUUACGUGCUGGUUGUGCUUCGGAGCGCUACGGGCGUAGUACAGAUAGCAGCAGGGGCAGACAGUACGGCAGCUGGGAGCGCAGGACAGGCAGGGGCAGGAGCAGGGAAGGGCGGGUCAGGUGCGGAUGAGGAGACGCUGCGGGCGUUGCGGCCAGACUUUGCGGCCAUGCUGGCAGCAGCACCUGCUGAGGAGGUGCAUGGCGUCAUCGUGUGCGUGAAGACCCGUGGGUCAGCACGGGGCGGCCAGCGACCAGGGGCAUCGCAGGUGGGGUCGGAGGUGGUGUGUGGGGAGCAGGUAGAAGAGGAUGAUCAGGGCCCGGAGGUGUGCAGCCGCUUCUUUGCGCCGUGGCUGGGAAUUAAUGAGGAUCCCGUCACGGGGAGCGCUCAUGCAGUGCUGGGGCCGUACUGGGAGCCUCGCCUGAGAGCUCCUGCCGUGGCAGCAGAUGCUGCUGCAGGGUGUGCGGGUGGGGCCAUGCGCAUGAAGCAGUGCUCGGCGCGCGGUGGAGAGGUGGUGGUGGAGGUACGGCGAGGAGAGGAUCGGGUUCGGGUAUCGGGUGCGGCAACGCUGGUGCUGCAGGGCUUGAUGACGGUGUAGGGCAGUGAAGGUGGACGGGCCGAAGAUGAGCUGAGGCAGAUUAGGAGGCAGAUGCUCUUUAGUUGUGCGCUGUUGGGCGGUGGUUCGUAAUGGCGUAUUACAUACAUAGUUCGCUUGCGAAUGACGCAGGUCCUUUCCCGCAAGCGGCUAAUUGCAAGAGACCUUAAACUGGUUUGUCUCAGCGAUCGAACCUUAUCUGCAGCUCGGAAAUUAGGAUCGAGGUGCCGUGGCUGACCCAGGCGCAGUGCGGCAACUAGAUAAAGCGACCGCGCUGGAAACACCCC